AUGAUUUCGGCUUUCUUUAUAUUCAACCAGAAGGGCGAGGUACUCAUCUCAAGGCUGUAUCGGACAGACCUCAAGCGCUCUAUAGCUGAUGUCUUCCGGAUACAAGUUGUGUCGAACAGCGAUGUACGCUCGCCCAUUGUCACGCUCGGAUCGACCAGCUUCUUCCAUGUGAGGCUGAAUAACUUGUACAUCGUCGCCGUUACCAAGUGUAACGCGAACGCUGCGCUCGUGUUCGAGUAUUGCUACCGCUUCAUCUCCAUCGCCAAGUCCUACUUCGGGAAGGUGGACGAGGAGGCAGUGAAGAACAACUUCGUGCUUAUCUACGAGCUGAUUGAUGAGAUCAUCGACUUUGGCUACCCUCAGAAUAGUGAGAUUGAUACGCUCAAGACAUACAUCACAACGGAGAGUAUCAUGUCGACUGCGGCCGCUGUGGAAGAGUCGUCGAAGAUCACUACCCAAGCAACGGGAGCAACCAGCUGGCGGCGCGCUGAUGUCAAGUACAAGAAGAACGAGGCGUUUGUGGACGUCGUCGAGACAGUGAACCUGAGUAUGAGCGCGAAAGGCACCGUGCUCCGCGCAGACGUCGACGGCCACAUCCUGAUGCGAGCGUACCUGUCCGGCACGCCCGAGUGUAAGUUCGGGCUCAACGACAAGCUGGUCAUUGACAAGUCCGAGCACGGGACGAGCGACGCCGUCGAGCUCGACGACUGUCGGUUCCACCAGUGCGUCCGGCUCGACGAGUUCGACUCGACGCGCACCAUCAGUUUCAUCCCUCCUGAUGGCGAGUUCGAGCUGAUGAAGUAUCGCUCGACGUCAAACGUCAAAUUACCCUUGCGCGUCAUCCCGACAGUCAACGAGAUCGGGACAUCGCAGGUGUCCUUCGUCGUGACGGUGAAGACAAACUUUAACAAUAAGCUUUCGGCGACGAACGUUGUCUUGCGGAUACCGACACCGCUCAACACGACGGACGUGGAUUGCAAGGUUCCCAGCGGCAAGGCGAAAUAUGUUCCAGCAGAGAACGUUGUCGUCUGGAAGAUUCCGCGCAUACAAGGAGGCGCUGAGGUGACGUUCUCGGGACUCGCCCAGUUGACGAGCACAACAAAUCGACAAGUGUGGGCCCGGCCGCCCAUAGACGUCGACUUCCAGGUCCUGAUGUUCACAGCAUCUGGUCUUAUUGUGCGGUUCUUGAAGGUUUUCGAGAAGGGCAACUACAACAGUAUCAAGUGGGUGCGUUACCUUACGAAGGCCAGUGGAUCGUACCAGAUCAGGUUCUGAACGGACAGCGUCUUAUACUGUUACCGCCGUUGCUACGCUAUUUCACUCAUAUCUCCGAUGUAAUCGUUUCCUUAUGGAAACAUGGACUCGUAAUAAAUUGUAUCAGCUUCGGUGAUCUCAGGACGAUGACGCGUCCCAAAAGCCCAGUUAUAAAUUCCGUAUGUAGCGGCUUCUC